AUGUACUUCUUCCUCAGCCACUUGGCCCUCACAAAUGUCUCCUUUUUAUCUGUCACUGUCACCAAGAUACUGAUGGACAUGCAGAUUCAGGAUCAAUCCAUCUCCUAUGCAGAGUGUAUAGCACAGAUCUCUUUGUUCAUAGUUUUUGCUGUUCUGGACAAUUUCCUUCUCACCUCAAUGGCAUACAGUCAGUAUGUGGCCAAAUGUCACCCUCUCCACUACACCAACAUCAUGAGAGAGGGACUGUGUUCAUUAAGAGUAACUGUAUCUUGGCUUCUCUCCAGUGCUAUUGCCCUUUGUCAUACCUUCCUCCUGACCCAGCUCUCCUUUUGUGCUGACAGCAUCAUCCCCCAUUUCUUCUGUGACUUUGGUACCCUGCUCAAACUCUCCUGCUCAGACACAUCCCUCAAUGAGCUGGUCAUUUUCAUGAUAGGAGAGGGAGUCAUCACCUUCUCACUCAUGUGCAACUUGGUCUCUUAUGGCUGCAUUGGAGCUACCAUCCUCAAGGGUCCAUCCACCAAGGGCAUCUGUAAAGCCUUCUCAACAUGUGCUUCCAAUCCCAUUGCUGAAUCCCUUCAUUUAUAG